UUCAAAGCGGACUUAAGUAGUAGAGGCUCGUUGUCGUCGCCGACGUCCUCGUUUAUCGUAGUCGAACCGUAGCAGAUCGGACGGAUCGAGGCCGAAGAGGACUUAGCUGAAGCACUUUGGGAUAUUAAAAUCGAAAAGCGCGCGAUCAACGAGGAAUCCAUUCGUGUAAUUUCUCACAAGCGGCAGUGAAGAGCUCACGCACAUCAUCUACUGCAUUGUCCAGUGAGCAUUAUCAGGCCCGAGGAUUGACGAUUGAAAGGCGCCCAAGUCGAUCGACCGUCGAGUAAAGAAAACUACCUUAAAUUAAUCGCUAUCAGCUAAUAAGAGGAGUGAUAAAGAAGAUAUGAUGGCAGUCGCAGCCGCUCAGAAGAACCGUGAAAUGUUCGCCAUCAAGAAAUCUUACAGUAUUGAGAACGGCUAUCCAGCACGACGACGUUCUCUUGUAGACGAUGCCCGUUUUGAGACGCUCGUCGUCAAACAGACGAAGCAAAGCGUACUCGAGGAAGCUCGACAACGAGCGAAUGACACGAACGCGGAUCAGACAAUUACUUGUACUCAAGACAAGGGACAAGGAGAAAAUUACGUCGAUAUUUCAUCAAGUGAUGACGAACAGGUGGAGUCAUUAGUUUGCGCAGUGAAAAAGGAAGAAGCGAAAGCGGAGGCUUCAUCAGACAGCGAUGAAAAACCGGACGAUGAUGACGAUGAUGAUGCCGGAUUAACCGAGGAGGAAGUAGUGCUCGCGAAAACUAUAGCUGAAUCUCCGGAUAGCGAGCAGAGCGUGCAAAAAGCGGCGCUGGUAUUGAGAUUGCGAGAGGGUAUCGGCUCCCUAGGCAGGAUCCUGAAGACAAUUGAAAAUUUCAAGGGCACGAUCACUCAUGUCGAGUCACGGCCCUCCAAGAAGGAGGGUCUGCAGUUUGAAGUCUUGGUCAAGAUUGACAUGAGCAGACAGAGCCUGUUACAGUUGAUUAGAAAUCUACGACAAAGCUCGGCCUUGGACGGCGUGAACCUGCUCGCCGACAAUUCUGUCAGCAUCAAAGAUCCCUGGUUUCCCCGUCACGCUUCCGAUCUCGACAAUUGCAACCACCUAAUGACCAAGUACGAGCCGGAUCUCGACAUGAAUCACCCAGGCUUCGCCGACAAAGAAUAUCGCGCACGUCGCAAGGUCAUUGCCGAAAUCGCUUUCGCUUACAAAUACGGCGAUCCGAUACCUUGCAUUCCUUACACCGAGACGGAAAACGAAACUUGGUCGCGCGUCUUCAACACUGUGCUGGACCUGGUGCCGAAACACGCGUGCAUGGAAUAUCAGAGAGCCUUCAAAAAAUUGCAAGAGGAAAGGAUCUUCGAGUCUCACCGUAUACCGCAGUUGCAGGAAGUCAGUAAUUUCUUGAAGAAGAGCACAGGAUUCACUCUUCGACCGGCCGCCGGUCUUUUGACAGCGCGAGACUUCUUGUCCAGUCUUGCCUUCAGAAUAUUCCAGAGCACUCAAUAUGUCCGCCACAUCAACAGCCCGUAUCACACUCCCGAACCAGAUUGCAUUCAUGAGCUCUUGGGUCACAUGCCGCUUUUGGCUGAUUCGAGUUUCGCUCAAUUUUCGCAAGAAAUUGGAUUAGCGUCUCUCGGUGCUUCAGAUGAAGAAAUCGAGAAGCUAUCAACUAUCUAUUGGUUCACGGUUGAAUUUGGUCUGUGCAAGGAAGGUCCCGAAGUCAAGGCUUACGGUGCUGGCUUGUUGUCAGCCUACGGUGAACUCUUGCACGCAUUGAGCGAUAAGUGCGAGCAUCGAGCUUUCGAUCCGUCAAUUACCGCUCUUCAGAAAUAUCAAGAUCAAGAUUAUCAACCGAUAUAUUAUGUGGCCGAGAGUUUCGAGGAUGCCAAGGAGAAAUUCCGUCGUUGGGUGGCCACUAUGAGCCGGCCAUUCGAGGUCAGGUUCAAUCCGCAUACGCAACGCGUCGAAGUCCUCGACAGUGUUGAUAGACUGGAAGGUCUGAUUUCCCAACUCAAUACCGAGAUGACCCACCUUACAAAUGCCGUCAACAAAAUGAAAGCGAGACAGUUUGCGUAAGGAUGAAAACUUCCGCGUUUUCGUUUUAUGAUUCGAUUAUUCCUUUUGCGAACCAUCGAACCUCAAAAUCGAUCACUUUAGCCAAUUAAAUAAUCUUUAACUCCUUGG